AAAUGACAUUUUAUUUUCUCCAAAUUAUUGGUAUUAAAACACAAAAAAUUGUGUCCAUAAUUUAAUUAGUACAGGUAGUAUAGAUAUAGCUUUUCUUUUUAUAUUCUUAACAGUUUAAUUACAUGUACUACCAGUACCUAGGUAGAGUUUUUUCAUAAUUCUAAUUUCCAAGGACCCAGUCCAGUCUGAUCCCAUGCAGAUUUUAAAAAGCCAGGAAAACUGUCCCAAAGCAAUUCCCCCUUAUCCUUGGCAUGUAUCAGGCAAUCUCAAAUGUAUUUAGUUAUACACUAGGAAUGGGUCCCUAACGUCUACCAACCACUGCAAAAAGUAUCAAAUCAUGACUCUUGAUGACCCUUGAUUAAGGGGCCAGUUCUGGUUUAACAAUGGGGCUUUAUGCAACAAAGACAAAAUGUCAGAUGUGUGGCUCCACCAAUGUUAAUGUCAUUCCACUUUCUGCAAAGAUGGGGCCAGAUGUUCAAAUCUUUUUCACCAACAUUGUUGAAUUAGUGAAGAAAAACACCCAACAGAUAAUACAGGUAUUGGAGUUUCAGAACAGUCACAGAAGAAGAUACCUGUCAUAUCUUGCUGCUCAGUUAAAUAAGCUGAAGGAGUGUAUGGAAAAGGCCCAAAAGUUAUACAAAUACAAUCAAGAACUUGAGAAAGAACUAACAAACUCCAAAGAGGAAAUUGCUUAUUUGAAAAGAGCUAUAAAAGAACAGAAUAUACAGCAACAUAGUCUCAUAGAAAUCAGCUCAAACAAAAAUUCUCCUCAAACUGCCUCCAGAAGUAGCACAACAAUCAUAGGCCCAAAUUAUGUGAAUCCCAAGUAUGGAAUGAGAACUACUCCUCCAUAUCUUGACCGGCAAAACCGAAAUACUCCUCCAUUUGGAUCCAAAAGUUUCCUUGGAAAAACACCUCCAUCAAGUCAAGAACUAAAACGGAUAUCACCAAGGGGUUCACCAGGAGUUCAAGAUUGCUUUGGUAGUUACAUGCAGGUUGGUGUCAGACAAGGAAGAGGAGCUAGUCGGAUUUCUCCAUCUGUGGAUUCUAGAGAAACUCUCAGAAAUUCUCCAUCCCAGAGUCAAAGUUCAACAGAGAUACAAAGAAGUUCUGGUCAUGCAAGAGCAGGAGUUCAAAUCAGACAUUCUCCCAUGGAGCAUUCUGAUAAUCUUGGAAUGUUACGAAAUCAGAUAAAUUGUCCCCUGCACAAAGUUCACACAGAUCGAUGCCCCAUCCCAUCCCAUUUUGAGCAUGUUGAUGAAGAAUCAGAGAGAUGCAGCUGUGAUUGUUUUUCAUUGUAUCAUUGAAGUGAUGAUUCAA